AUGCCUAAUCUCUACUCUACGUUAUGUGGUGUUUCUCGCUACAGUGAACCACCAAGUAUUGGACAAGUCAAAAAACAAAACCAAAAUGUAAAAAGAAGUAAAACAGCCAAUUCGGAUCGUAAAGGUGUACUCACAAAGAGUAAAUCCUUCAUGUUUUUGGAACGACCUGUAAAUAAUUAUUUAAAUGAUGAUGAGGAUGAGGAACAAGAAAUUAUAUUGGCUUCAAGCCCAACAACAUCAGUGGCUUCAAGUAUAGAGAGAAGUGGUGGAGGUUUGGAAUGGGCCGAUACAAAUUUUAAUGUAAAAAAAGAUAAACCAAUACAGAGAAAAGCAAUACAUGAUGUACCUCCACAAGUUGCUGCUCUCACUGUAUCGGAGGGAAUUUCAUCUAGUGUAUUUCCAGGAUCAACACUUUUAGAUAAACGAAAUCAAAAGAGAAAAUUUGAAAUUGUCAACUCCAAGUGGAAUGAUAAUACCCCAAUGAUUAGUUUAUCUCAUACCCAAACAAAUUCUAAAUUUUCAUCUCAAUCACAAGAAGAAUCUCGAAAAAGGAAGAAACAAUCUAAUGAGAUUUACAAGACACAACCAAAAUCAUUAUGGCAAUCUUUAUUCGAGCUAUAA